AAUUACCCAUCAAUUCUAUUGAUGUUUAGCUGAUAUGCCUGAUUUGAUUGUAUUUCUGUCUAACUGCUUAGUUACCUAUAUCACCUAAACUGGACAUGUACAUCCGUCCCAAACUGGAUUAGUAUGUUUCUCACUUUAACACACAAGCUCGAGUCGUACAAGAAAUCCUGUAAACUUAGUCAUCUAGCUACUUUGAGAGGGAGGGCGCCAAACCAUUGCUGCCUGGUGAGAUGCAUAGCCCCUCGACUCGUCGUCGUCAGUUCAUCUUCUGGAUCCCGUCUCACUUGGAUUUCCGCUUUCAGACGUCUGGACUCUGUGACCUUCAUGACAACACGAUCGGCUCGAGAUGGCAGAGUAUUAUGGCUCCGUCUCCGUGGACGACUUCACUAUCGGGUGGGUUUGUGCCCACCCGUUGGAGCUAGAAAUCGCGACCAAGAUGAUGGAUGAGCAGUUGGCCGGCCUCCCCUCCCACCCUGGUGACUCCAACACCUACGCGCUUGGAUUAAUCGAAGGCCACUUUGUCGUAGCUGCCUUUUCACCUACCGCCGAGAAAGGUACAAGCCCGGUAGCGACCGCGGCUCGCCACAUGAGGUUGAGCUACCCUUCAGUCCGCCUCGGCAUCUCAAUCGACAUCGGUAGCUACGGUAGCUGGGUUCCACAUCACGGCAACAAUCUCGACAUCCACUUGGACGACGUCGUCAUUAGCCCGUUGUUGAAUAAUUGCGACGAAGCGGUUCAGUAUGAUCUCGGCAAGGUUAUCGAUGGUCACGUUACCCAUCUGGAGAACAAGGUCGCGCCGCUAUCGACAACUGUAAUGGCGGCGCUUGAGAAGUUACGCACCAAUCAUCUUCGAAGCAAGACACGGGUCUCGGAACACUUAUCCAAGCUCUUAUCUAUCUACAGCAGCAUUGUAUCUCCACCUGAAGUCAUGAGAGACGGGCCAGUACAUAAGAGAGAUGCCCAUGAGCUUAUCAAAGUUUGGUUAUUUGAUACCGAGGUAGCUGACCUGAGGACCGAUGACUCACAGACUGACUUGCCUCUGGUUAUCAUCCGUGGUAUCUGCGACAAAAAUGACGGCGAGAGGUUGCAACAGCAUGCAGUGGCUGCAGCCGCGUCAUAUGCUAAAGAGCUCUUGCAAAUCCUCCCACCUCUGGUAUUCUUGAUGACCUCAGAAGACAAAGCAGCCUCCGAAAAUUCCUAUACGCCUCCUCCCAUGAGCACUUCAACGAAAGUUAUUCUAAAGCGAUGGCGUCCAUUGGUCGACGAAGAACCUUUAUUUGACUCGUUUAUUGGGUUUGAGGAAAGCACUUCGACUGGGCAGAUUUACGAUACAAUGGACACGUCGCCCAGACCCCCUCUCAGCACUCUGGCCCCUGUUACCGAACCUAGAGCCAAAGAGGCAUAUAUUAUGAGGACCAAAAGCAAGUCAGACAUAGAGAACAGUGAAGCUGAAAUGCACUCGAACUUUGCUCGCAUGUGGAGGAGGGCAGAUGGCACGCCUGAACUUUUGGAAGAAUCAAAUUCCAGAAACCUCGAUGCAGACGACGACGAGGACGAUAAGUUCAAAUCGCAAUUUUACCUAUCAAGCCAACUGAUGGAGAUAAUUUCACCAGACUUCGCAGGCUUCCGGGAGCAUGUGCUUUGGCUCUAUCCAUCUCUGGCAACCAGCCACAGCUACCUGGUUGACCGCAUCGCCCACCAUCAGGUUUCUCGAUACAAAGCACUUCUCGAUGCCAAGGUUAAACAUAUAGAGCUUGGUGAAGAUUGCUCAGGCGGAUUUCUCUGUCCUGUACGUGGUGGUCAUUCUGUUCUGCCUGGCCAGGAGAGAGAUAUGCAAGACAUCGGUCCGUUAUUCAGUGCCCUUGGACCUCAGCCUGACUCAGGCUAUGUUGAGGGUUAUCUUCCUGAACAAAGCUUCCCGCCGGGCAUUCCGCCACCGCCUGCAGGAUAUCUUCUGGCUAAAGUCGAAUCACGUCCAUGAAGACGUACAGCC